UUAGCCGUGUGUUGUGUACGGGUAGUGACGGUGUUGCCCUUCACGUGUUACGCUGCUUCACUUCAUGGAAAACGAAACAAUGUUGACUGACAGCUAGUUUGUUUGUUUUUUUUUUUCUUCGUUUUGAAAGGCGACCGAUUUUUCGCCAUGUCCUUAAAGAAUGGCGCUUUUUUGCUGUGUUUGUCUCGUUUACGGGCGGUCUCUCUCUAUGCUGCCGGCGUGUUGCACCAGUCUAAUAUGCGGUCAGCCGCUGCAGCGUGCCGGUGUUCGCUCGGUUCUGCUGUCAUAGAUCAAGCCCGGCAGUCAUCCUCCAGCAGCUCCGCCAAACCGCCCGAUACUUCUCUCUUUGUCCCCCUGCAGAUUAAAGCGCCUAGCAGUUUCGAGGGAGUAGUGGGAGCGGAGCUCACCAAGCCAUUAGACAAAGGUGAAGUUCUAAAAAUCCUUAACAAAUUCUACAAACGGAAAGAAAUGCAGAAACUGGCAUCUGACAGUGGCUUAGAUGCUCGUCUGUUCCAUCAAGCAUUUAUCAGCUUUAGAAAAUAUGUCUUAGAGUUGGAAUCCAUUGAUGCAGACCUCCAUAUAGUCCUAAGCGAUAUCUGCUGUGGUGCAGGUCAUCAAGAUGAUCUUUUCCCCUAUUUCAUGCGGCAUGCAAAACAAAUCUUUCCAAUGCUUGACUGCAUGGAUGAUCUUCGUAAAAUUAGUGAUUUAAGGUUACCAGCUAAUUGGUAUCCAGAAGCCAGAGCAAUUUUUCGCAAGAUUAUUUUUCACGCUGGGCCAACAAACAGUGGCAAGACGCAUCAUGCUAUUCAGAGAUUUUUAACUGCCAAGUCUGGAGUCUAUUGUGGUCCACUGAAGCUUCUGGCACACGAGAUAUUUGAGAAGAGCAGCAGUUCUGGUGUGCCAUGCGAUUUAGUGACAGGGGAGGAGCGGAUAUUUGUUGACCCAGAAGGAAGACCAUCCAACCAUGUGGCGUGCACUAUUGAAAUGUGCAGCGUCAACACUCCCUAUGAAGUUGCUGUUGUUGAUGAAAUCCAGAUGAUCAAAGAUCCUUCCAGAGGAUGGGCUUGGACAAGAGCUCUAUUAGGCCUGUGUGCUGAAGAGAUUCAUGUUUGUGGUGAAGCUGCUGCUGUCAAUUUCAUAACAGAACUUAUGUAUUCUACAGGAGAAGAAGUAGAGGUUAGAAACUACAAAAGACUAACUCCAAUUUCUAUAUUGGAUCAUGCUGUGGAGUCAUUGGAUAACUUGCACCCAGGAGAUUGUAUUGUCUGCUUUAAUAAAAAUGACAUUUACUCACUAAGCAGACAGAUCGAGGCUCGAGGACUGGAGUGUGCUGUAAUAUAUGGCAGUUUACCGCCAGGAACUAAAUUGGACCAGGCAAAGAAAUUCAAUGAUCCAAACGACUCCUGCAAGAUUCUUGUUGCUACUGAUGCAAUAGGAAUGGGACUGAACCUGAGCAUCAAAAGAAUAAUUUUUAAUUCUUUGGUGAAACCAUCUGUUAAUGAGAAAGGUGAGAAAGAAAUGGACACCAUCACCACCUCACAGGCCCUGCAGAUUGCAGGCAGAGCUGGUCGGUUUGCUUCCAGCUUUCAGGAUGGUGAGGUCACCACUAUGCACCGGGAUGACUUGCCUGUUCUUCGCGAGAUUCUAAAUCGGCCUGUUGACCCUGUUGAGAUUGCAGGCCUACACCCCACAGCCGAGCAGAUUGAAAUGUUUGCCUACCACCUCCCGGAGGCGACCCUAUCCAAUCUUAUUGAUAUUUUUGUUAGCUUGUCACAAGUCGAUGGCCUCUACUUUGUGUGCAAUGUAGAAGACUUCAAGUUCCUAGCAGACAUGAUUCAGCACAUUCCUCUGAACCUGAGAUCUCGAUAUGUAUUCUGCACAGCACCCAUUAAUAAAAAGCAGCCAUUCAUCUGCACGUCUUUUUUAAAGUUUGCCAGGCAGUUCAGCCGUGAUGAGCCUCUGACAUUUGAUUGGAUAUGCCGGCACAUCGGCUGGCCUGUGGCCACACCCAAGAACAUUAAAGACCUAGUGCACCUGGAAGCAGUUCAUGAUGUACUUGAUCUUUACCUUUGGCUAAGGUCCUUCCAUUAUGAAGGCAUCCCAGCCUGGUAA